AUGCGUCUGAUAAUUCUUGAAGAUCCUGAAGCAGUUACUAAUUGGGCGGCAAAAUAUAUAAUGAAAAGGAUACUUGAAUUUCAGCCUUCAGAUACUCGUCAUUUUACACUUGGUCUGCCGACUGGUUCCACUGUUGUUGGUAUGUACAAGCAAUUGGUUGACUAUCAUCAUGAGGGCAAGCUUAGUUUUCGUUAUGUGAAAACUUUUAAUAUGGAUGAAUAUAUCGAUUUAUCGCAUGAACAUCCACAAUCUUAUCAUUAUUAUAUGUAUCAUAAUUUUUUCAAACACAUAGAUAUUGAUCCGAAAAAUGUGCAUAUACUUGAUGGAACAACAGAUGAUCCUGAUAGAGAAUGUGCUACUUUUGAAAUGGAGAUCAAAAACGCCGGUGGCAUUAAUUUAUUUGUCGGUGGAAUGGGCUCAGAUGGUCAUAUUGCUUUCAAUGAACCUGGUUCUAGUCUAGUGUCACGUACACGGGUUAAGGCAUUGGCGAGAGAGACGGUUAUUGCUAAUGCAAGAUUUUUUGGAGAUGAUAUCACCAAGGUUCCUAAACGCUGUUUAACUGUUGGUGUUGGAACUAUAAUGGAUGCAGAGGAGAUUAUGAUAUUAGUUACUGGAGCCUCGAAAGCUAUCGCUUUGCAUAAAGCGAUUGAAGAAGGCGUUAAUCAUAUGUGGACAGUAUCUGCUCUACAGCAUCAUAAAAAUGUUAUAUUUGUUGUUGAUGAAGAUGCAACUAUGGAACUUCGUGUUAAAACUGUUCGCUAUUUCAAGGAUCUCGACUCUACUCAUCGCGCCUUAAAUGAAACAUCAAACUGA